GCUAGCGCACAGAGUGGAGUUAUUUAAGGGCAGGCUCCUCGAAUCGUGGGAGAAAUGGUUGCUCUCGCGGUGCUAGUGCUAGCCGCUCUCGCCUCGCUCCGCCACGGCGACGCGGCGGCGGCAGAGGGCAGCGGGCCGAAGUGGCACGUCGUGAGCGUCAGCUCGCCGCUGCCGAGCACGGCUUGCACGGCUGCGAAAGCAACAUCAAAGACGUCGGCUGUCAGACUCGUGCACCGGCACGGCCCGUGCUCGCCGCUGCAGGCCCGCGGCCACGCGCCGUCCCACGAGGAGAUCCUGGAACGGGACCAGGACAGGGUCGACUCCAUACGCCGCAGGGUCGCCGGAGCGCCGGCGAUCAGCGACGUGGCCCGUGCCCCGGAGGGCGUCUCUCUGCCAGCGUACUUGGGGACAUCUGUCGGAACCACCAACUACAUCAUGACGGUCGGCCUCGGGACGCCGGCGAGGAACCUGUCCGUGGAGAUCGACACGGGCAGCGACCUGUCGUGGGUGCAGCGCGUGCCGUGCGCGCGCUGCUACGGGCAGCAGGACCCGCUCUUCGACCCGGCGCGGUCGUCGACAUACUCCGCCGUGCCCUGCGGCGCGCCGGAGUGCCGGGAACUCGACCCAUACACGCAGAGCUGCGCGGCGGGCCGCCGCGAGUGCCGGUUCGAGGUCACCUACGACUACUCGCAUGCCGGCGGCGCCGUCGCCCGCGACGCGCUGACGCUGGCGGCGUCCCGCGCGCUCCCGAGCUUCGUCUUCGGGUGCGGCCACGACGGCGCGGGGCUGUUCGGCGAGACCGACGGGCUCUUCGGCCUCGGCCGCGGCAGGAUGUCGCUGGCCUCGCAGGCGGCGACCAAGUACGGCGCGGGCUUCUCCUACUGCCUGCCGUCGUCGCCGAGCGCCGAGGGGUACCUAGCCUUCGGCGGCGGAGUGGCGGCGCCCGCGAACGCGCAGUUCACGGAGAUGGCGAGCGGGCCCGAGCCGUGGUCCUACUACCUCAACCUCGUCGGCGUUAAGGUCGCCGGCCGGGAAAUCGGGAUCCCCCCGGCCGUGUUCGCGGCGGGCGGCACCAUCAUCGACUCGGGUACGGUGAUCACCCUGCUGCCCCCGCGGACCUACGCCCCUCUGCGGUCAGCCUUCGUCCGCUCCAUGGCCGGCUACAGGAGGGCGCCUCCGCUGUCCCUCCUCGACACAUGCUACAACUUCACCGGGCAGGCGAGAGUGAAAGUACCGGCGGUGGAACUGGUGUUCGCCGGCGGCGCCACCGUGAGCCUCAACGCUAGAGGGGUGAUGUACGUGUCGACGGUGUCGCAGACGUGCCUUGGCUUCGCGUCCACAGGGGACGAGACGUCCGUUAACAUCCUCGGGAACACGCAGCAGAAGACCCUCACGGUGGUGUACGACGUGGCCAAACAGAGGAUCGGGUUCGGUGCCAAGGGCUGCAACUGACAUUAUUUUCCCAUGGUCCGUAGUGAAAACUAGCUGUACUUUCAUAAAGAAAUGUCGCUGCAACUAAUAAUCGUUGAUAUUUACUGGAUGGCACUAAAGAGAUAAUAAA